AUGACAGCUCUAAUAAAAUCACCUCGAUUCCUCUCUACAUUCCGCAAGCCUCCACAGGGCCCGCUGAUCUUCAAACGUUCCCUGGGGAUCCCGCCAGCUUUCCUCCUGGACGACUAUAUGCCACGAUAUCAGCUCCUGACUUCAGUUGAGUCAGCCAAGAAGCGUGCUGCUUCAUACGCACAUCUCCGAGAAUGCAACCUGUGCCCACGGAAAUGCGGAGUGAACCGGUAUGAGACGACGGGCAUGUGUCUGAUCGGGGCUAUGACUGCAAAAGUCAAUAUAAUUGCGCCGCAUCGUGGAGAGGAGCCAUGUAUACAGGGCUUUCAUGGGAGUGGUUCCGUAUUCUUCUCCGGGUGUAAUCUGCGCUGCGUGUUCUGCCAAAAUCAUGACAUUUCUCACCAGCGCAAUGGGUUCGAUCUUUCGCCAGAAGAACUUGCGGAAUGGUAUAUCAAGCUUCAACAGAUUGGAAAUGUGCACAAUAUAAACCUCGUCACGCCGGAACAUGUCGUUCCACAAGUCGCCCUCUCCAUCCUGACAGCUCGUGAAAUGGGACUUCGAAUUCCAGUUAUCUACAACAGCUCUUCAUUUGAUUCUCUCGAAUCUUUGAAACUACUCGACGGUCUAGUUGACAUCUACCUCCCGGACUUCAAGGUAUGGCACAGCAGCACAUCGAAACGCCUCCUCAAGGCAGACAACUACACCGCGACAGCAAUGGAAAGUAUCAAAGAGAUGCACCGCCAAGUUGGCGACCUCUCAUUUACAUCAGACGGCAUAGCCAAGAAGGGAGUCUUACUACGUCACCUGGUAAUGCCAGGUAAAGAGGACGAGGGUCGGGAGAUUAUGCGCUGGCUGGCUGAGAAUGUCUCUCGAGAUCUGUAUGUGCAUAUUAUGGAGCAGUACCAUCCUGAUGCACAUGUUGGCAAGAAACGGCGUGUGACACGUAAAGUGCGCAUUGGAGAGGCGGACGGCGCGUCAGAGGAAAUUCGGUAUGCGGAGAUCAACCGUGCCGUGCGGGACGAGGAGCUUCUAAGUGUAAGGGAUGCGGCUGUUCAGGCUGGGCUUUGGCGAUUCUGUGAGGUGAAUGAAAGUAAUAGCGCGUUCCAUCUGUGA